AUGCGUGAGAUCAUGGACUACACGAAGAACAUUCGUAACAUGUCCGUGAUCGCCCACGUCGACCACGGCAAGUCGACGCUGACCGACUCUUUGGUGUCGAAGGCUGGUAUCAUCUCGGCCAAACACGCCGGCGAGGCUCGUUUCACAGACACGCGCGCCGACGAGCAGGAGCGGUGCAUUACCAUCAAGUCGACGGGUAUUUCCAUGUUCUUCGAGUACGACAUGGACGCGGGUGAACAGGCGACGGCCGAUGCGAUCGCCAAAGAGACGGUCGAGGAAAAGGCUGCGGACGAAGCCGUGACGAUCUCAAAGAACUCGUACCUGAUCAACUUGAUCGACUCGCCUGGUCACGUCGACUUUUCGUCCGAAGUGACGGCGGCGCUGCGUGUGACAGACGGUGCGCUGGUUGUUGUCGACUGCAUUGAAGGCGUCUGCGUGCAGACCGAGACGGUGCUCCGUCAGUCGAUCAGCGAGCGCGUGAAGCCUGUUCUGAUGGUGAACAAGGUCGACCGUGCGCUGCUCGAGCUCCACCUGGAGCCUGAGGACUGCUACCAGUCGUUCACCCGGGCCAUUGAGACGGUGAACGUGGUGAUUGCCACCUACUUUGACGAGAAGCUGGGAGAUGUGCAGGUGUACCCCGAAAAGGGCACGGUCGCCUUUGGAUCGGGUCUGCACCAGUGGGGUUUCACGCUGAAAAAGUUUGCUCGUCUGUACUCGAAGAAGUUUGGUAUUGGUGAAGACAAGAUGAUGCAGAAAUUGUGGGGCGACUGGUACUUUGACGCUGCCAACAAGAAGUGGACGAGCAAGAACAACGCAGAAGGCUCACUCAAGCGUGCUUUCUGUCAGUUUAUCAUGGACCCCAUCAUCAAGAUGUUCGACGCGAUCAUGAACGACAAGAAGGCGAAGUACGAGAAGAUGAUGAAAGCUGUUGGUGUGGAGCUGAAGUCGGACGAGAAGGAGCUGACGGGCAAGCCUUUGCUGAAGCGGGUCAUGCAGCGCUGGUUGCCGGCUGCUGACGCUGUCCUCGAAAUGAUCGUGGUGCACCUGCCGUCCCCCGUGACGGCCCAGAGGUACCGUGUGGACACUCUGUACGAAGGUCCUCAGGACGACGAGUGCGCUGAGGCUAUCCGUAAGUGCGACGUCAACGGUCCCCUGGUGAUGUACGUGUCGAAGAUGGUGCCGACCUCGGACAAGGGUCGUUUCUACGCAUUCGGCCGCGUGUUUGCCGGUAAGAUCGCCACCGGCCAGAAAGUGCGCAUGCUGGGCCCGAACUACGUUCCUGGCAAGAAGACCGAUUUGUGGGUAAAGAACAUUCAGCGUACGGUCAUUAUGAUGGGUCGUUACGUCGAGCAGACCCCUGACAUUCCGGCCGGUAACACGUGCGCCCUGGUCGGUGUUGACCAGUACCUGCUGAAGUCUGGUACGAUUACGACGUCGGAGACGGGCCACACGAUCCGUACGAUGAAGUUCUCAGUGUCACCCGUUGUGCGUGUGGCUGUUGAGCCCAAGACCGCUGCCGAUCUGCCCAAGCUCGUGGAGGGCAUGAAGCGUUUGUCCAAGUCGGACCCUAUGGUCCUGUGUUACACGGAGGAGUCGGGUGAGCACAUUAUUGCUGGUGCCGGCGAGCUUCACCUUGAAAUCUGUCUGAAGGAUUUGCAGGAGGAGUUCAUGGGCACGGAGGUGAAGAUUUCGGAGCCGGUCGUUUCCUACCGCGAGACGAUCACUGGCAACUCGUCGAAGACGUGUCUGUCCAAGUCGCCUAACAAGCACAACCGUCUCUUUUGCGAGGCCACUCCUUUGAGUGACGAGCUGACGCAGGAGAUGGAGGAUGGAAAGGAUGAGGUGAGCCCUCGCUUCGACCAGAAACUGCGUGCGCGAUACCUGGCCGACAACCACGAGUGGGACGUGACUGACGCCCGUAAGAUUUGGGGCUACGGACCUGACGGUACGGGUGCCAACCUGUUUGUCGACGUCACGAAGGGUGUGUCGUACCUGAACGAAAUCAAGGAGUCGGUGCUUGGCGGCUUCAACUGGGCCACGAAAGACGGUGUUCUGUGCGAAGAGGUCGUGCGCGGUAUGCGCGUGAACCUGCUCGACGUGGUGCUGCACGCCGAUGCUAUUCACCGUGGCAUGGGCCAGAUCCUGCCCACUACCCGUCGUGUGGUCUACGCUUGUCAGCUGGUGUCGGAACCUGCUCUGAUGGAGCCUGUCUUCCUCGCAGACAUUCAAGUGCCGCAAGACGCUGUUGGCGGUGUUUACGGCGUGCUCACCCGUCGUCGUGGACACGUGUUUGCGGAGGAGCAGCGCCCGGGUACGCCGAUGAUGCAGCUGAAGGCCUACUUGCCUGUCAACGAGUCCUUCGGAUUCACUGCGGACUUGCGUCAAGCGACCGGUGGCAAGGCCUUCCCGCAGUGCGUGUUUGACCACUACCAGGUUGUUGGCGGUGACCCGACGGACACGAACAACAUGGCGGGCAAGCUGGUGAAUGGCGUGCGUGUGCGCAAGGGUUUGACGCCGGAAGUGCCUCCUCUCGACCGUUUCUACGACCGCCUGUAG